AUGGCCGCUCCUCAAGGAUACCCUCUGCUGUGCUUGGAGAACCCUCUCCUUGACAUCCAGGCUCGCGGUGAUGCCGCUCUUCUCGAGAAGUAUGGCCUGAAGGAGAACGAUGCUAUCCUCGCUGAGGAGCAGCACAUGGCUAUCUACGAGGACCUCCUUGCCCGGGAGGCUAAGCUGAUCCCCGGUGGUGCUGCUCAGAACACUGCCCGUGGUGCCCAGUACAUGCUCCCCGAGAACUCGGUCGUCUACAUUGGCUGCAUUGGCAAGGACAAGUUCGGUGACAUCCUGAAGAAGACCUGCGAGGAGGCUGGUGUCCACACCGAGUACCGUGUGGAUGAGACUCAGCCCACUGGCAAGUGCGGUGUCGUUAUCACUGGCCACAACCGCAGCAUGUGCACCCACCUCGCUGCUGCCAACGAGUACAAGAUUGAGCACCUGAAGCAGCCCCACGUCUGGUCCCUGGUCGAGAAGGCUCAGUUCUACUACGUCGGUGGCUACCACCUGACUGUCUGUGUCCCCGCCAUCCAGGCCCUCGGCGAGGAGGCUGCCGCGAAGAACAAGGUCUUCAUGCUCUCCCUCUCCGCUCCGUUCAUUCCCCAGUUCUUCAAGGAGCAGCUGGACAGCGUUCUCCCCUACACUGACUACACCUUCUGUAACGAGACUGAGGCUCGUGCCUACGCCGCCAGCCACGAGUGGGGCACCGAGGACGUUGUCGAGAUCGCCAAGAAGCUCGCCCUUCUGCCCAAGAAGAACACCCAGCGCCCUCGCGUUGCCAUCGUCACCCAGGGUACUCUGCCCACCAUUGUCGGUGUUGCCUCUGCCAACGGUACCGUCGAGAUCAAGGAGUUCGCUGUCCACGAGAUCUCCAAGGAUGCCAUCAACGACACCAACGGUGCCGGUGAUGCCUUCGCUGGUGGCUUCUGCGCCGGUGUUGUCUCUGGCAAGUCUCUUGACGACAGCAUUGACAUGGGUCAGUGGCUCGCUAGCAAGAGCAUCCAGGAGCUUGGACCUUCUUUCCCCUCCCCCAAGCAGACCUACGCCCGCUCUUAAGCGGUCAAUCUUAU